GGAUUCUUGUUUUGAACCUUUGAACUCAUGUUCGAGCUUCACACUUUUAGAAAGCGUCCUAGAAUUUAACUCUGAGACUUAACUCUACGUCUGAAGAGACAGUAAUGUUGGAUUAACCGAAUGGAAGAGUUUCCUUGUUCUUGUUCACGACGUUCCGACGAGGUCGAAGAUGUCCGAGAGAAACCAUAAUUGGUUGGCGCAAACUGUGUCAACUUUGAUCGAAAAUGUACAAAACGAAUCCUCGGAGCAGUCAUACAUAGGCCUCCUGAGGGACAUAUGCUUCGUGGAGCCAACAGAGCUUGUGAUAGACUGCAACACUGCAAACGACGUUUUAUUGACUGUUCUCAAGAAGUUUGAUUCCACGUGUCAAAGACUUGCUGAAAGGCAUCAGUCGGUGAACACUUGUGAUGACAAAGAGCAUCUUGCUUUGAUAGAGGUGGCAGUUUCUUUGGUGGAAUCAACAAAAGCACUAUUUGAGCGCAUUUCAUUUGGUGAUGACGCAAAAAAUGAAGGAAACCUUGUACUUCUUUCAUUGGGGCUUGAUUUGAUUCAUUCUUCCUACACCUACUGGAAAGCACACAAAACUCUGUAUGGAGAACUUCCCAGUGAUGUGCAAGAUGCUCUUGGUGGUCUUUCUAACCAAACUGUGCAGCUGCAGAUGGUUUUGCUUCAGUCUCUUGAUAAAGUUGAUGUUUCAGCAUCACAUGAGAAGCAGCUUGUUGGCCUUGCAAAUGUUUGUGAGAAGUUAAGAACACUUGCCAUGCUCCUGCAAGACCUGGAUCUCAAGAUGCUUAUCUCAGCUCGGAAAAUCUUAGUGAAGACCCUUCUUCAGUACAGAGACUGUUUAAAACGCAGAUUUAACAUCGAUGCUGCUGUGGCAGAUCUCUGCUCAUAUGUGGCUGAAUGGUUGUUAAAGCUGGAGAAAAUGGAACCUCCAAAGGAGAGUGCGUUCCUGGUUGAAAUGAAAGCAGUUGCCUUUCAUUUGCGUUUGUUGGAUUCACUCCUUUCCAAGUAUGAAGGCUUUUACAGUAGCAGCAUGAAGGACAUAGUGAAGAUGAUUGUUGUCCUUUCAAGGAUGCCUGCUCUUGAGGUCUAUGCCAGUGCGCUGACAGAAGUUCAGAGGAGCAACUUGAUGCUGCAUGUCUGGAUAGCUGCAGAACGUCUUGUGGCACAACUUGCAGCCAAUGGUGACUUCUGUGCCAUUGUCCGUGACUUCGAUGUUUGUGAAAAUUGCUGGUGUGGCUAUCUGCUCAUGCUUUUGACAAUCCUGGGCCACAUUGCAACUUCAAGUGAUUUAUGGUUGCAGCCACCGGGUCAAAGAAAUAUUAUUGACCUCGUUUUUGAGAGCAUGGAUAAAUGCAUUGUGGAGCUUCAGUGUCCUGUGUCACUGGAUUACUCAACAGGCGAUGGUAAAGCACCGAGAAAGGUGGGACUCUACGAAAAUAUUUGCAUCCAUGUGUGCCGGUUCGUUGCCACGCUUCCUGAAAGCCUCUUUCCAGUUUUGGAACAUGCACUCCUGAAAAAUGUGCUUUGUGAAAGCCACUGGAGAGCUUUCCUGGCAUCUGACGUGUGGUGUUUUGCUGCUAGGUAUGGCUCUUCACAGCUGUGUUAUGAACAUGUCCAGCUUCUUGUCAGACUUGUCAAGCUUACCACCAAUGUGCACUUGAAAGGCCACACUCGUUUGAAACAGCUUCUGACUCGUCUCUUUCACUUCUUGGCUGAUGAACACAAGGCACAACUUGUACAAUCACAUUCUGAUGAUUUGCUUAUCUUGAGCGCUCUACCAUCACCAGAAGUUAUGUCAACACUUAGCGCAAAUGUGCUUCAGCUCUUGAACAAGCUUGCCUGCAAGAACAUAACAUCGAUGGAAUUAAAAACACUGGAGUGCCUUCUUUUUCAUAUGAGAAAUAGCAACAAAUCAAAGGAUCUCCGCCUGCCUGCUGCCAUCUUUUCACAGGCUCUGAAGGCUAUUCCUCUUCACAGGUCAUUGGUUUGCAGCACAUUAAGUGAACAGAUUAUCUCAAUUGUCAUGUCGCAAGUGGCUCUUUUGAGUGCCAGCACACUUAGUGAUGUGCUAAGCACUAUCGAAUCACUCUAUGAAAGUGAAGUUGACUUUCUACAAACACUGAUUGUCUUGCACCUGCCAUCUUUUGGAGCAAUGCCCAGUAUUUCUAGUCCACAAAAAACAGAGGUGUGUGAAAAGCUGUCAAGAUUGUUCAGCUUUGUUUUAUCAUCUGAAAAUUAUGUUAUAAGGUACAUGGCAAUGCUUUCAUUUGCUCAGUUUGCACAAGUCACUCAGUAUGACAUUAUAAUUGCCAAAGCAAUUGAGUGGCCAUCUCUGAAGGAAGCAGUAACGUCGUUUCUGAUGAAGGAAGACCUGAAGAAACCAUUUUGCUGGGCAGAUUUUGUGAGAAAACAGGAGGAAGCAUUCUCUCUUUGGGCAGACAUUGCAAAUAAGUCCCAAAGUGAGCAGGAUGGACCUCUAUGUGACAUAACGGUGGAGGCAAUUCCUGGAAAACGCAGGAAGUGCGAGGAUGAAACAGAAAAGCUUGUUGGAAAUAUAGAAGAUGCAAUUGCAAAGUUACUGCAGAUGGACAACUUGGCUCCUCUGCAGCCACGGCUGUGUCGUGUUCAGCAACAACUGAAGGACAUUCUUGACAAUCUGUAAAAUA